UUGAUAUCGUUUGGUCUAGUUGUGUGCUAGUUAAUAUCUAUUGAUGGAGCUCAUGUGAAGGUGGCUUGUUUAUGUUGAAUAAUUGAACAACUAAAUACAGCCGUUCAUGUAAUGUUAUGUUUUGUGAUUGCAUAUACACACAGAGUUGAUGUUUUACGGUUGUAAGUGCUUCGUUGCCACACUUUUGGCUUUUGUCAUUACAGACGUCUUAUUAUGCUCCGCAUUGGUGGGCCCGAGCUUGAGAUUCAAACCCACAACCUCCCGACUGCGAGACAGCAUGUUUCCCAACCCAAGUUUAUCCUCCUCACUGGAAGGACAGCCUCGCCUAUGCAAGCUUCAUUUUUAAGGACUUUGUCACCUUUUCGGUGCAUUGUGUCCUGCUGGUUCCCAUAGCAACCACCACAGUUCACUCUUCACACCUUAAUCGAGGGCCGUACUUAAACGUAUGAAACGAUAUCCGCGAACAAUGUGUUUAUUAUGAUGUGUUUUUUUUUUUUAAUCGAAGUAUAAACGUAUGAAACGAUAUCCGCGAACAAUGUGUUUAUUAUGACGUGUUUUUUUUUUUAAUUGAAGUAUUUCCUAUUCGAGAAUGACUUUUGAGUCAUAGUAAAAUCUAGAAAGUCGGGUCACCCACUCGUAUCUCGAGGCACUCGUGUACUUUUGUUAACUUGAUGGCUAAUGAAAGUCCUCCAUGGAAGGCUCACUCACCAGUGUGCGCAUCCUUUCAUCCGGCAGGUGUCGCUGUGGCACAUCAUCUUUCUCCAUGAGACCAGGGAGGAGGGAGGCCCCCCCCGCCCCCCCACACAGUCCGGGUGGGCCCCUCCUCUCCCCGCAUCCGAGUCAGCAUCUCAGGCGUCCUCCUCCCUCCUCCUCCUCCUCCUCCUCCUCCUCCAUGGAUGAGGAAGAUGAGGAGCCGCCGCACCAGCGGGCUGAUGAGCCAGCAGCAGCAGCAGCAGCCGCACAAGCAGCACACACGCACCCACGCCGCGGCAUCAUGACGCCGGAGCACCGCGCGGAGCCUCGCCCGGAGCAGGCCGAGUGAAGCGGCAGGAUGGCGGGGGGCCGCCGGGGACUUGUGGCCCCUCAGAAUACUUUUUUGGAGAAUAUUGUCCGACGCUCCAACGUUUGGACACUGUCACAUAGACAGACAGACACCAACUUUGUGCUGGGAAACGCGCAGAUCGUGGACUGGCCCAUCGUCUACAGCAACGACGGCUUCUGCAAACUGUCGGGGUACCACAGGGCAGAGGUCAUGCAGAAGAGCAGCACCUGCAGCUUCAUGUACGGCGAGCUCACCGACAAAGACACGACGGAAAAAGUGCGUCUGACAUUCGAGAACUACGAGAUGAACUCAUUUGAAAUCCUCAUGUACAAGAAGAACAGGACGCCCGUGUGGUUCUUUGUGAAGAUCGCGCCCAUUCGAAACGAGCAGGAGAAGGUGGUCCUGUUCCUGUGCACCUUCAGCGACAUCACGGCCUUCAAGCAGCCCAUCGAGGACGACUCGUCCAAAGGCUGGGGUAAAUUCGCCCGGCUGACCCGAGCUCUGACCAGCAGCCGAGGCGUCCUGCAGCAGCUCCAGCCCACCGUCCACAAAGGCGAGAACGUACACAAGCACUCGCGUUUGGCUGAGGUGUUGCAGCUGGGCUCCGACAUCCUGCCCCAGUACAAGCAGGAGACCCCCAAAACGCCUCCGCACAUCAUCCUGCACUACUGCCUCUUUAAGACCACGUGGGACUGGGUCAUCCUCAUCCUCACGUUCUACACAGCCAUCAUGGUGCCCUACAAUGUGUCCUUCAAGACCAAGCAUAACAACGUGACGUGGCUGGUGGUGGACAGCAUCGUGGACGUCAUCUUCCUGGUGGACAUUGUGCUCAACUUCCACACCACCUUCGUAGGGCCGGCCGGCGAGGUCAUCUCGGAUCCCAAACUUAUCCGCAUGAACUACCUGAAGACCUGGUUUGUCAUUGACCUGCUCUCCUGCCUGCCCUACGAUGUCAUCAACGCCUUUGAGAACGUCGACGAGGGCAUCAGCAGCCUGUUCAGCUCGCUGAAGGUGGUCCGGCUCCUGCGUCUGGGUCGGGUGGCUCGCAAACUGGACCACUACAUCGAGUACGGUGCCGCCGUGCUGGUCCUGCUGGUGUGCGUGUUCGGCCUGGCCGCUCACUGGCUGGCCUGCAUUUGGUACAGCAUCGGCGACUACGAGGUGAUCGACGAGGUGACCAACAUCGUGCGCACGGACAGCUGGCUGUACAUCCUGGCCGAGACCGUGGGCCCGCCGUACCGCUUCAACGCCAGCGGCUUGGGCAAGUGGGAGGGCGGCCCCAACAAGGACUCGGUCUACAUCACCUCGCUCUACUUCACCAUGACCAGCCUGACCAGCAUCGGCUUCGGCAACAUCGCGCCCACUACCGACGGAGAGAAGAUCUUCGCCGUCGCCAUGAUGAUGAUCGGAUCUCUGCUGUACGCCACCAUCUUCGGUAACGUGACCACCAUCUUCCAGCAGAUGUACGCCAACACCAACCGCUACCACGAGAUGCUCAACAGCGUGCGGGACUUCCUCAAACUCUACCAGGUGCCCAAGGGCCUGAGCGAACGGGUCAUGGACUACAUCGCGUCCACCUGGUCCAUGUCGCGGGGCAUCGACACCGAAAAGGUGCUACAGAUUUGUCCGAAGGACAUGCGGGCGGACAUUUGCGUCCAUCUGAACCGGAAGGUGUUCAAAGAGCACCCGGCCUUCAGACUGGCAAGCGACGGCUGUCUGCGGGCGCUGGCCAUGGAGUUCCAGACCAUCCACUGCGCGCCCGGCGACCUCAUCUACCACGCCGGCGAGAGCGUGGACAGCCUCUGCUUCGUGGUGUCCGGCUCUCUGGAAGUCAUCCAGGAUGACGAGGUUGUGGCCAUCCUGGGCAAGGGGGACGUCUUCGGGGACGUAUUCUGGAAGGAGGUGACGCUGGCACAGGCCUGCGCCAACGUCCGCGCUCUGACGUACUGCGACCUCCAUGUCAUCAAGCGCGACGCCCUGCAGAAGGUGCUCGAGUUCUACACGGCCUUCUCCAAUCACUUCUCCCGCAAUCUGCUGCUCACUUACAACCUGCGCAAGAGGAUGGUCUUCCGAAAAAUCAGCGACGUGAAACGAGAGGAAGAGGAGCGGCAGAGGCGGAAAAACGAGGCUCCUCUGAACUUGCCGCCCGACCACCCGGUGCGUAAACUUUUCCAGCGCUUCCGGCAGCAGCGGGAGGCUCGCACGCCCACCGACAAGCCAAGCGAAGAGAACGACGUCGAGAAGGGACCCGUGUACGUGGAGGUCCCCAAGACGGCCAUCAUCACCACCACCAGCAUCGUGACGGUGACAGAAAGCCCGGCGACGCCUUCGUCGUCCACGCCCGUGUCGUCAACCACGCCCCCCGGCCGUACCCCUUCGGACAAGGUGAAGCUACAGGUGCCACCUCCCGCCUCCUUGGUGGGAGGUCGGGCCGCCGAGCCGGGAAAAGUCAAAGGCUGGGGACGCUUCAAGGAGUCCAUGGCGAAGCCCGACAACUGGAAAACGGUGUCCAAAGCGGAAUCCAUGGAGACGCUGCCAGAGCGGACCAAGGGCCACGAGUCGCAAAUGUCCCUGAAGAAGACGGACUCGUGUGACAGCGGCAUCACCAAAAGCGACCUGCGCCUCGACAAAGUCGGCGACUUCCGCUUGACGCCGCAGGACCGCAGUCCCGUGCAGCCGCCUGAAACCCGACGCUCCUUCUACCCCAUCCCCGAGCAGAGCCUCCAGGCCUCGCUUCAAGAACUCAAGCUGGAGCUCAAAGACGACCUGAAGAGCCUCAACGUCCGAAUGUCGGGCCUGGAGGCGCAGCUCGCCGAAGCGCUGCAGCUCCUUAAAGCCAGGACGCCCCCCGCUAGCUCCCCGCAAGGUCUCUUUGACAUUUCCAGGCCCGCCUCGCCAGAAGCCGACAAGGAGGACAUCUUCUCUUGAGCAUUGGAGGGACAUUUUACUGUCAACUCAGCCGUAAUCUGGUAAUGGCUACAUUUAUACGGGGAUAGCUGAGGCUGCACUGGUGUGUGUGUGUGUGUGUGUGUGUGUGUGUGUGGGUGGGGGGAGGUCUUUGUAAGACACGCAGGCCUCCGUUGCAGGAACGCUAACGCCACGGCCCAGACGCCAAUGUGGAACCUGGCGCGGGUUAACCUGAACAGCCUUUUAUCUGUAGAUACCAAACACUGCGCUCGAAACACUUGAGAGCGUCGACGUAAAACAGCAUGACCCGACGUUGUAUGCCGUACGAUUCCUUGCAUGUCGCAUCAAGUAUACAUCUGUUCACCAUGACGUCACAUGUACUACCAGGUGGCAAAAGCUCAAGUAUUCUCGUGGUAAACAAACCAUUUGAGCAAGGCAGAGUGACUGAGGAAACGGGGUAAAUGGCUCGAAUGACAAUUUUAGCGUUCGUCGCUACCGCCAUAGUUUGAAUGUGUGAUGUGUCAGUCAAAAGGGACCAUGUUGCGUCAGGUCAAUUGUUGGGAAUUUAUAUUUCAACCGGUAAGUUGAUGGAAAAACAGAUGUGGUGGACAUUCAGACGUAGUUAACGUGGUCACUGUGGGAGUGGCUAAUUAAUUGACUAGCAGGCUAGCCACUGUUUUGCCGAAUUCCUCGAAGAACAACAACCCAACCGAUCAUUGAAGCCGUCUUGCGAUCUUCUCUGCCGAGCUAUUUACGACAUCCACUUGAUUUAUCCUCCUCAACCACAGGUUCUGCUCGAUUAAUUUCGAUUUAUUUAUUUAUUUAUUUAUUUUUUAAGUAAACCGAGAAAAAAAAAAACCCCUCUAAGCCAUUUGGGUAUAUCUGGGGGCGCAUCGCAAACAAAUUUCGUCGUUCAGGUCAGUGGCACUCACCCAUUCCUUUGCCACCUGGAAGAACCCCGGCACCUACUGUUUACAAACAUGAUGAAAAGGUACUCUACACGCCUGAGCGGGUUUGAUGAAGCGAGUUUGUUUGCAUUAUAAGAGGACAGUCGAGAGUUACGCCCCCCCCCCCCCCCCCCCCCCGCACGGGCAAGUGAUGUACGCAUUUUCGAGGACGGUUAUGAAUUAUGCGGCGGCAGGCUUGACGGCGUCCAGCAGUUAUCGUGAUAAACGAGUUCGGGGGUGAGACGCUUAAUGACAAAUGGACUGCGGUUCUAAUAGCGCAGUGGGCGUUUAUAUUGCGUGUUGGUCAUCUCCCACUGAAACACAACACGAACCACAUACAUGCAGUACACGCCUUCACAUAGCAUGAAAACCAUUCAUAACUAGACUGAUUUAUAUAUUAUUAUACUAAUAUCAUUUCCACUAUUAAUCUUAGUCCAGGAUCCAAAUGUUCCAAGUUGGAAGGUAUUUUAGAGUCCGAUGGGGAAGGUGCAUUUUCUGCGAGGAACAUGAUAUAUUUAUAUUUGAUGCCACUGGUUUGCAUGCAGGCUGUAUUGUUUUAAAAAAAAAAAAAUAAUAAUAAUAAUAAUCAUCCCGUGGGAUAAGUUGCAUUAUUCCGGAGGGAAAUACCAAAUAUCUUCGCAAUGCAGGGGAUCUCUUUUUUGGUGGAUUCUAUUGUAAGGUUGGACAGAACCAAGUCGGGUUACCAAUCAUUUCUGAUGGGAAAUCCCCCAAAAUAAUAACAACAAAAUAAAAAAGCUAAAACUUAAUGUGCGGCAAAUCAUCUCCACACCACAUAUAUUUUUUAAAUUCCCCCAAAUAUUCACAACCACUGUACAUGAAAAUGCAAAUUAUUUUUAUGAGGGUUUUAUCAUUUCAAAAUAAAAAUGUCCCUGUAAUGAAUGGCAUUUUAUUCAAACAGCGACCUUGUCCACAUAAAUAAAAAUCAUGUCUACAAAAAAACUAGCGU